AUGGUUUCUUAUAGAAGUGAAGUUGUCAGCAUCUGUCGUGCCCUGUUUCGAGCGCGGCGUCAUCAGUACCCUCAUUACAACUUGAGGGAGUACACUAAGCGAAGGACUUUGGAUGGCUUCCGCAUGAACAAGAAGCUCACUGACCAAUCCAAGGUGAAUGAGGCUUAUGCUGAAGCUAAGGCACAACUUGUGGUUUUAGAGAGGUCGGUCAAGCUUUACUCCUUAUAUCCUCCCAAGACCAAGAACAUCAUGGAAUUCUAA